CUAGAUGAUGGAGGAGUUUAUUUAUGUGGUGUUGCAAUCAGCAGAUACUCGUCUAUUAUUAGUACUGUUCAUCUGCACAUUAUGGCUAAAUCGGCCAUGUCUAUAGUCAGCAGCUACCCAGGAGCUGCUCUGAUGAUCAAGUGUGAGCAUCCUCAACACAAAACCAAGACAAAGUACAUCUGUAAAGAAACAUCAGCUGGAUGUUCAGGAGGUCAGGAGGAAUGGAUGAAGAAUGGAGAUGUUUCUGUAGAUGACGACACCAGAGCAAGAGUCUUGAUGGUGUUUUUUAGAGAGCUGAAAGCUGCAGAUGCAGGAACAUACAGGUGUGGAGGGAAGGACUCUGAAUAUACUGAGAGAUUCACUCAACUUCAGCUCAACAUCAGACAUGUGAAGAUGAGCUGUCAGAUCCCAGAAGAACAGAAAGUUUAUUUCUGCAAAGAGGAUAAUUAUAAGAGCUGCCAGACAACAAGAGCAUCUGAAGAGCCCCAAAAGACUCCUGCAGAAUCUGUGGGAAAUGAAGAGAGAGUUUUUACAGUGAGAAUCAGUAAUGUGAGUGUCAGAGAUGCUGGAGUUUACUGGUGUGGAGCAGAAACCAGAGACACACAUCUGACCUUCAUCUCCCUGACCACUAAAAUCCAGCUCAGCGUCAUCAUGUCUCCAGUAGUGAGACGUGAAGGAGAAUCUGCUCAGAUCUUCUGCCCUUAUGAUUCAAUCUAUCAAUCAAAGUCAAAGUCUCUCUGUAAGGGGAAGUGCUCCACUAGAGACACACAUCCUCUGGAUGAGACUGUGAGAGAAGAGAAAGAGAGACUGACUCUGCAUGAAGACGUCACAGCAAGUGUCUUCACUGGGACCAUCACUGGACUGACAGCAGAGGAUGCUGGGAAAUACUGGUGCGCAGUGACAUUAGACAGAGAGCUGAAUUAUCUUUACACUCAUCUGAUGGUCAUCAUCAAGCAGGAGCUGAGCUUGACUAAGUAUGAAGGAGACGACGUGUCCAUCCAGUGCAGACAUCAUGAUGGAGAUCAGAAAAGCUUCUGCAAAGCACAUGAAGCCUCCACGUGUGUGAAGGAUGGAGAUUCAUUGGAGACCAUCAGAGAUGCUCGAUUCUCUAUCAGUGAUGAAGCAUCUGCUGGAGUCUUUACUGUCAACAUCACUGAUCUGAGAGCAGACGACUCUGGAGUUUACUGGUGUGGAGCUCACGUCAUCACUAAAGUCAACCUCAGGGUUAAAAUGGAUGCUUCAGAAAGAACUUCAUCAUCAUCACCAUCAUCCUCAUCUUCAUCAUCGAUUGAAUCUCCACUGCAGAGAAUGUGUGUCAGGAAAUAAUUCAUAUUAAAUGAGUCUGGGAUGUCCAUUUAUUUAGGGCCCAAAACAGACACUGCCCUUUAUGUGAAUAGAGCUUAUACUGUUUAUUAAACCUACAACGACUGGCGUAUCAGAGGAAAAGUUUCCUUAUGGUCCUCAGCUUGAGUACCAACCAGACUUACUAGAAGGCAUUCCAGCUAUAUAUACACUCCACCAGCUGUCCACCCGGACUACACAUCCCAUCAUACUCUGUGCCAAUUCAGACUCUGAUUACCUGCUACAGCUGAUUUCAAUCUGGACACCAACAUAUGCACAGAAGCAGAUCAUUUACACUGAUAUCCUUCACUACAUAAACGCCAUUCACAUACACACUAUUGCAUAUUCAAAAUACUUAAUUUUGUCUGAUUUGUAGGCUGUUUUCCUUAUCAUAGGGACCAAAAAAUGUCCAAAUUUACUGGUAUUGCUAUACUUGAGGGGACAUUUGGCUUACAAUGUAAACACAGAGAC